GUUGAGCCUAUCAAAGUUCAGCCUUAAGUUUCUCCCGCCCUCCUAAAAAGUCGGAGGCGGGUUGAUCUUACAUGCCGGCCAAUCAGUGGCCAAUAAACAAGAAGCUUCCAAGAUCAAAGAGGAAGGGGUGGGAUUUAGGCGAUAGCAACGCCUCAGGGCGGAGGAAUGACAGACAACUUCGCUAAUACCACAAGCAAAUUUUUCCUACGUAGGGAAAGGGGUGGAGCCAACUUGGCUUCUGGACCAAUGGUUGGUCGAGGGGCGUGCCCGAGGAGCCAAGCGGGAGCCGGAGGCCCCGGGCUCUCUGGGCCGCGCCUGAGGCGGACACCACGGGGCCGGGGGGCGGCGGCAGCAGUGGCGGCGGCGGCGGGGGUGGGCGCCGCAGCUGGCCCGGGUGGAUGGAGUUGGAGGGGCGGGGUGCUGGCGGUGUGGCGGGGGGGCCGGCGGCUGGGCCCGGGCGGAGCCCCGGGGAGUCAGCGCUGCUGGACGGGUGGCUGCAGCGGGGCGUGGGCCGGGGGGCCGGCGGCGGGGAGGCCGGGGCCUGCAGGCCCCCGGUGCGACAGGAUCCGGACUCCGGCCCGGACUACGAGGCGUUGCCGGCUGGAGCCACUGUUACCACGUACAUGGUGGCGGGCGCCGUGGCAGGGAUCUUGGAGCAUUGCGUGAUGUAUCCCAUCGACUGCGUCAAGACCCGGAUGCAGAGUCUACAGCCUGACCCAGCGGCCCGCUAUCGCAACGUGUUGGAGGCCCUCUGGAGGAUUAUAAGAACGGAGGGCCUAUGGAGGCCCAUGCGGGGGCUGAACGUCACAGCAACGGGCGCAGGCCCUGCCCACGCCCUUUAUUUUGCCUGCUACGAAAAGUUAAAAAAGACACUGAGUGAUGUAAUCCACCCUGGGGGCAAUAGCCAUAUUGCCAAUGGUAUUGAGCCUUCCUGUGCUGGUUCCCCCACUUUCCCGACUCUGGGCUUUGCUGCUGUCAGUGCUUUCCAGUUUCAGCAUGGUUUGGAGCUGAAGCUCUGGGCUGGGGUAGGCCAGAUUGUAAGGGAGGGACUUCCAAACCUGAUGUUCUCAGACAACGAGCCGCUUCAACCCCACCUCUCCUUUGGGGCACCUCAACAAAGGGUUACGGUGUCCUCCCUUACCUACCAGCUUGACUUUAUCCUCUCAUCUUCUCCCUGGCAUCAACUUCUAAUGCCCUGGUGCAGCUGGGUGUGUGGCAACAUUACUUCACGAUGCAGCCAUGAAUCCAGCGGAAGUGGUCAAGCAGAGGAUGCAGAUGUAUAACUCACCAUACCACCGGGUGACAGACUGUGUACGGGCAGUGUGGCAAAAUGAAGGGGCCGGGGCCUUUUACCGCAGCUACACCACCCAGCUAACCAUGAACGUUCCUUUCCAAGCCAUUCACUUCAUGACCUAUGAAUUCCUGCAGGAGCACUUUAACCCCCAGAGACGGUACAACCCCAGCUCCCACGUCCUCUCCGGAGCCUGUGCAGGAGCUGUAGCUGCCGCUGCCACAACCCCACUGGACGUUUGCAAAACACUGCUCAACACCCAGGAAUCCUUGGCUUUGAACUCAAACAUUACAGGACACAUCACAGGCAUGGCUAGUGCUUUCAGGACGGUAUAUCAAGUAGGUGGGGUGACCGCCUACUUCCGAGGGGUGCAGGCUAGAGUAAUUUACCAGAUCCCCUCCACAGCCAUCGCGUGGUCUGUGUAUGAGUUCUUCAAAUACCUAAUCACUAAACGGCAAGAAGAGUGGAGGGCAGGCAAGUGAAGAAGCACUGAAUGAAGAAGCCAGGGGCUCGGAUAACACUGCUGCGUCCUGCCCACUCCAGCCACGUUCUGUCUCCUGGCCUGCUCCAGCUUUGAGUGGAGUUGGAAGAAAGGUUGGAAGUGAAGUUGGAAGGAGGGCUCGCCUCAGGCUGCUGGUGUUUUGGCUAACACCGGUUCCUGCCAACCUCUGUUGCAGCCACCUUUCCUUCCAGGCCCUAAGCAAGUGCAGCAAAGCGCACCACACACAGCACGUUUGACAACCUCUCUCCAUCCUGGGCCUGAGGACCUGCUCUAGACUGUUAUAGAGGGAUAAGCAGCUCAUUCCCCUGGUUCCUAAUAAAAAGCCUUUAAAUUAAA